AUGGACGGAGGCCGCCCCUCCCCUCGGGAUGCUUUUUGCCUUCUGCUUCCAUCACCUGUUUUGAUGGCCGCCUUCUCUGCCAGGCCUCUCCGACCCGUAAAAACGCCCAUCGCCCAACGCCUCCUCGCUGCAGACGUGACCCGUAUCCUGCCGUCGCCGCAGAGACCCUCACCUCACCCUCACGUCUGCCAAGACACCUGUGCGAUCCGACGACACUUAUUAGCGGCGACACCCCCAAGCCCCGCGGCCCUGCCUCGGUCGGAGGCAGGACCCUCUGAUUCUUUGUUGCGCAGCUCCCCUCCCUGCGUUGCGGGACGGCUUGCCCGCACUCGACGGCUGCGCGACGAACCUCGCGGGCCGCCCGAGACCCCGUCCGGUUGGGCCACCCGCCUCGGCACUCGAAGGCUCGUGGUCCCUUUGACCGUUGCGAAAGCACUGACCAGGCGUGCCGCAUCACGCGACGGAAACGAGGCGAGAUACAAACGAUACCGCCGCCGGCCGCCUUGGCUCGAGCCACCAAGGCGCAGCACAAGGGAAGACCCUCGGACGCAAUAUCCAGGCGCCCCAUUCCGUCCCGUCGUCAUUGCUUGCGCCUGUGAGGAGCCACUCCGGCCGUCUCUGUCAUCCACCGACGCGGCGCCGUCUUCGUCCCUUUUUUUCGCCAUUGCACCAACGCCAGGUCCUGGUCCUGCGCGGUUGAGACACCGCAGGCGCCCUUUCUGUUCCUUUGGCCUUGUGUCACCCGCUGCGGCCAGGGUCGUUCUGCAACGUGCCGCUAUCCUGGCCGUUCGAUUCGACGAGAUCCCUUCCCUUCGCCAAUCUGGGAAACCGCCUUCCCGGUGUCUGCGACCAGGCACAGGCACCGCCGCCAUUCAACUCCGAGAUAAGCACUGGCCCAGUCCCGCGCACGGAGAACCUGCUGGCCGCGCGACACCGCGGUCCUUUGUGCUCUUUUUAUCGCACAUUCCUCGUCACCUCACCGAGUCAUUGAGAGAAUAA